AAAUACGGAAAAGACAUGCUUCCAAUUCACUUGAAUGAACACUAUAACUUCCGUUAUCAUUUAUUUCACAUCCGGUUUUGUGUGCACGGCGCUUCUGGUUCCUUUUCAUACAAGUCUUUCAUUGGAACGUUUGCUAAACAAUCCAAUAUGUCGGCUGACUUACUAUGGAUGAUUGUCAGGAAUAAUAAUUCUUUCCUUGUCAAACGAAAUGGUCUCUGGCUUAGCAAAGAGCCAAACAACUUGAAAGGACGUCAUUGUUUCCGUUACAGUGGCCUUGUCCACAAAAAAACCAUUGGGGUUGAGCCAUGCAAAGAUGGCAAAGGAGUUGUAUACGUUACACGACGGUCUAGAAAGAGGAAUCGUCCUUCAAAAGCUUAUACCAGGAUAGAGUUGAAAAAAGAUCCCAGAAGAACAUUGACAUCUAUCAGGAAAAUGGUCAAAAAGAACAGAUAUCGAGUAGACCUAAAAAUGGCUGCAAUGAGAAAAGCCAGUGCCCUUAUUCGCAGUCAACGUCCCGUUGUGAAAAAGGCUGGGCGUAAGAAGAAGGAAUAGUUAUGUACCAAGUGAACAUUAAAAUAAAUUUUGAUUCAAUGAAAA